AAAAAGAAACAGGGCAGCGUUCGGUGGUUGAAUCAUCCGUCCCCACCAACGCCAAAACCAAAUCUACGCCCUUGGUCUCAGGUCUUCACCAUGAUCAAACUCCUUCUUCUUGUUGAUCAUGUAAUACAAGCUGCCUCUUCACAGAGCAACAGCUGAUCGAUCGUGUAUCGAUCCUCUCCGGUCCUCCCGUCCCACCAACUGUACUAACCUGCACCGCCUCCCGCGGCUCAUGGCAGCCCGACGCCGUUAACAGGCCACUCUGUGCCGCCACCAGCCAAAGGCUCCCCGGUGGAUGAGCUCCGUUCUGCCCGGGGCACGGCUUCCCGCUCCGGCCUGUAAGCCUGUAAACAGCCCGUCAUGGCAGCUAGCUUGCUAGCAGCUUAGCAUACGCUCUGCAGCGGAGGAAACACCGAGACCGUCCGCUCAGCAGCGCCUCUUCCCCGGGGCGGAGCGGGGAGCCGGCAGGAGUGAGCCCUCUGCGGGCAGAAAAGAGCGUAUCGAGCCGCCGGAGCUCCGACUCACCUCAGACCCGAAACUGUGGAGGUUUGUUUGGAUGCUGCUCUGCACCACAUGCGGUCUGUGUGCACGUGCACGCGCACGCACACACACACACACACACACACACACACACACACACACACACACACACACACACACACACACACACACACACACACACACACACACACACCUUGUUUACUCACCUUUAGCCUAAAGCUGAUGUUUUGGCUCACCUGUGCUGAACUCACCUGUGCGCUGAUACAAACAGGAGAACCUGAGCAGGUUCUGUGUACGGUCAGUGGGAACAACCUGCUGUCUGACACAAUUAUGAAGCAGCACAGUGUCUGAUCUCCACAAAACACCUGCACACAGACAGACCUGAGAGCUGCUGCUGACCCCGCCUCCUCCCUCUCAGGUAAUUAAACACAUUGGCUGCUUUCUCGCAUGUUUAAUAUGGUAAAGAAAGUGAGGUGACGGUUUACAGGUAACUGAUUAAUGAGUGCGUCACCAGCAGAGUCAAAGGUCACAGGAACAAAGACGCAGCAGCGGGAGGAGUGAUCAGGAAGACGAGGCGUCAGGCAGGCACGGUCCAGCUUUCAUGCCAUGUUGGGGCGAACUUCCUUCCUUACUGGACGCUGCAGACUUCAGCAGUGCUGUUUCCUGUCCUUGCCACCUCGCCGUCCACCUGAGCUGCACAGACUCCAUUACCCAGCAGGCAGUGGGAGCUGGAAGCUGAGGGCGGAGCAGGAGGCGGGGCAGAUAAGUUCAGCUCAGGUCGACCGGAUCUUAAAGGCCAAUGAAUACAGCCUUACCCUCCCCAGAGGCCCCGCCUCCCAUGGUGUCCUGGGUUUUCAUAGCAACAUGUUGCCAUCCAACCUCCCCUGUGAGGACCGUCAGAGCAGCGCCACCUGCCUAGCGGGCCGUGGAGGCGUGUUGUUUGGUGUGUUCGAUGGUCACGCGGGGCUGGCCUGCGCCCAUGCUGUCAGUCAGAGGCUCUUUUACUACAUCGCCGUGGCAGCGCUACCACUGAGGACACUGGCGGAGCUGGAACGAGCGGUGGAGGAGGAACGGGCCGUAACACCGCUGCUGGAAUGGCAUAAAUACCCCCAAGACCUCAGCUACCCCGAUGGAGGAGUGACCUCCUUCCAUAGCCUCCGGAACUACUGGCAGGAGAGGCUGGAGACCGAGGAGGAGGAGGAGGAUGACAACAGAAUGACAUCGGCUCUGGUAAAUGCAUUCCAUCGCCUUGACUACGACCUGUCUGUAGAAGCCCAGGUGCAUCUGUCCCUGACCUCCCCCAGGCGGGUGUCUCUCCCUGGUGAGGGGUUGUCUGUGACCUCCCCCCUCAGGGUGGCGCUGUCUGGUUGCACAGCCUGUGUCGUCCACAUCUCCAACAGCGUUCUACACGUGGCCAACCUGGGGGACAGUCGGGCAGUCCUGGGCGUCCAGGAGGCAGACGGAAGCUGGUCUGCGAUCAACCUCACCAACGACCACAAUGCACAGAAUCCGGAAGAGCUGCAAAGGAUUCUGGGAGCGCACCCAGCGGAGCAGAGGACGGUGGUCCGCCACGACCGCCUACUGGGCCUUCUGCUGCCCUUCCGGGCGUUCGGUGACGUCCGCUUCAAAUGGAGCGCCGAGAUGCUAAGUCGGGUCUAUGAAACUCGACCAGACGUCCUGUCCGCGGUCAGUGAGGCAGUCCGGACGAUGCCUCCGCACUACCUGACCCCACCCUAUCUGAGCGCUGAACCAGAAAUCACCCAACACUGUGUUGGACCAGCAGACAAGUUCCUGGUCCUCGCCACUGAUGGACUGUGGGAGCUGAUGCAUCGCCAGACAGUCAUCCAGCUUGUGGGGGAUCAGCUGACAGGCCUCCAGCAGCAGAGACCUAUAAUUCCUGGCGAGGGCACGACGCUGGGCGGCCUGCAGCGCCUCCUGCUGGAGAGGAGGGGGCGGGUCCUGUCGGUGCUGGAGGACCAGAACACCGCCACCCACCUGAUCCGCCACGCCCUUGGCGACGACGGGUACGGAGCAGUAGCUCCAAAUCGUCUCGCCAAGAUGCUGAGUCUGCCUGUGGAUCUGGCCCGGAGGUACCGUGAUGACAUCACUAUCACCAUCAUUCACCUGAAUGAGAUCUAACACCUGUAGGAGAUUACCUGCUUGGUAACCACCCCGCUGACCAAUCAGCAGCAGGCAUGCUCAUUCCAGAGCUCAUCUCCAUCCUUUUCCUUAACCAUAUCCCAGCUCUGAGUGGUCGAGGGGUGGGACACACCUGGACAGGUCACUGAUCAGGUGUUUCUGUUAUUUUGUCUGCCCUCAAGAAGACCAGAACUAGACACAUGCAGGUCUGAGAAAAGCUCCACGAACGACACCCGAGCUAACCUCACACUUCUGAAACCUCACUCCUCAGGUGUGGAGCGACACAGUGAGCAUGCUCAGUGAGUUGAUGUUCUGCAGGUGAACAUUCAGGGGAAUCCACUUGGAGCGGAGAAGUGGCGCCACCCCCUGGUGGCACGCUGAAAAUACAGCCAAUGACUUUCAUGGCCAACUAUCCCGCCCAAUUCCUGAGAAUCGGAGACACAGCAGGACUUCCUGUGAGGAGGUGAUGGUGGCUUCUCUCUGUGCUUCUCAGACUGAUGCUGUUUUUACUCAUUAAUAAAGUUCCUGUUUGACUUCCAGAAGGUCCAGCCUGGUUUUUCU